CAAAUGUGUGUGUGCGCGCGUGUGUGUGAGUGAGAGAGAGAAAUGAGAGAGUCAGCUAGAGUAAGAGGGAGAGAAUUAAAGAGGGAGAGCGAGAGAGAGAGAGAGAGAGAGAGCGUAGAGUUUGACUGUGACUCACUCAGUCUGCUCUGGGUGCUUCAGCGGCUUCUCUGCUUCUUCUUCUUCUCUCUCUCUCUGUGUGAGUAUGAACCUUCAUCAUCAGAUGUUUUCAGUGUUUCACCGAAGGCUCUCAGUGUUCGUGUGUGUCCGUGUGUGUGUGUGUUUGGAAACUUCAGUUUACUUUUCUUUUCACUCUGACAGUUUGUGACAGCGUGUAACCAACGGCAGCUGUCAGACAGCUGACGCUCUCUGAUGUUCUCUGAUGUUCUCUGAUGUUCUCUGAUGUUCUCUGAUGUUCUGACCGUGGACUGUAAGACCCAUCUUCAUCUCUGCUCCUCACACUGAUUAUUGAUCGGCCGUCGUUUUGUUUUCGCGGCAGCAGCACGGCUUCAGUUUUGACUCGUCUCCUCGGCUCCUCUUCUCCUCCUUGUCCCGUCUCUCCUCGUCUCUUCAUCCUCCAGCAGUGAAGUCAGUGGAAUAUUUUAAUCUCUGAUAAUCACUUUAAUCUAAUUAUGAAGAUUUUCCCUGUGACGGCCCGUCGUCUGUGAACGUCCAAAAUGGAGACUCCCUUCUACCACGACGACUCUCCCGGAGUCUCUGGCUACGGCCACGUCGCUGACUACGAGCGCUAUCCAGGAAACAAGAUGCUGAUGAGUAAGAAGGCCCUGGCCUUGUCUGGGAGUCAUCACUUCUCCAGCAAUGGUUCAACGGGAGGUCGGGGCGGGAACCAUGCACUUCCCGGAAACAUGUCAGCAGCUGCGUCGUCAUCGUCGGGGUCCUCUUCAACAGCCGACAUGAACCUGCUGAAGCUGGCGUCCCCCGACUUGGAACACAUGAUAAUCCAGUCCAACCAAGGACUGGUCACCACCAGCCCGAUGUUAAACGGUGCCAACCCCUUCAUCUACCGCAACCAUGCCACCAACGAGCAGGAGGGCUUCGCUGAUGGCUUUGUCAAAGCGCUCGCCGACCUUCACAAGCAGAACCAGCUGGUCGGACCCGGUUCCAUGUCGCCGUCCUCGUCCUGCGCCAUCUCCCUGCAGGCGUCCUACCAGAGGAACCUGAUGUCGGCCGCUGACAUGCCCGUGUACGCCAACCUCAGCAGCUACAACCCUUACCCCGGUGGACAGAUGACAUACGGCGCCGGCUCGGGAAAUGACGGUGGCGCCGUUGGUCCGCCUCAGCCUCACACCCGUGGUCUGGAUGCUCCUCAGACUGUCCCCGAGGUGCCUCACCCACCGGGCGACCCCAUGUCUCCGCCUACCCUCUCCCCCAUCGACCUGGAGACCCAGGAGCGGAUCAAGGCGGAGCGCAAGAAGCUUCGGAACCGCAUCGCCGCCUCCAAGUGUCGCAAACGGAAGCUGGAGAGAAUUUCACGGCUGGAGGAGAAGGUGAAGGUGCUGAAGAGCCAGAACUCGGACCUGGCCUCCACCGCUGCCAUGCUUCGCGAGCAGGUCGCUCAGCUGAAGCAGAAGGUCAUGAGUCACGUCACCAACGGCUGCCAGAUCUCCGUUGGCUCCACGGCGUCCAAGUGCGGCGCGGCGGGAAACGAGGACCCACGCUGCUGAGGAGGAGGAGGGAGUGGAUUACACAGGAGUCAAAGGGAAUUUACAGUGUGAGCUUUGCUUGCAGCUCAUGGUCAGAGCCGGCAAGGGGCAAGCGGCUCGGUGCCCAUGACGCCCCCCAGUGGACAGAUGGACUCUAUUGUCAAUCAAUCAGUGGAGAAUGGAGGGGACAGGGAAUGACACGAGUCUCAGACAUGAGGGAUGAUCAGAGUUUGGAUAUUGGACUAUUAAAGAGACGGCAUCUGUGUGUGUGUGUGUGUGUGUGUGGGUGUGUGUGUGUGUGGGAGAGUAAAUGAUCUCAACUUCAACCUUUAAAUGGUUUAUUAUUCAGUUUUAUGUUUAAAUAAAUUCCAAAAUAAUGUGUGUGUGAAAAUAUUCAUAUCUUCUGAGUAGAUGUGAAGUAAUCAGAUUACUUCAAGCAGAGUAAAUACCAGAAAAUGUUUUUUGUUUUUUUAUCGUGGCAUUCACAGCAAUGUUUUUCCACAUAUUGUCACUCAAGGAUACGAUUCUCUUCAGUUUGAUUUACUAAUCUAAUAAUCUAACCACCGUUAGGUUUUUAAAAAAUAUAUAAUUCUCUGAUUUUUUAUUUUAACAUAAAAGUGGCCAAACUCUUUUUUUUAAAAAAACAAAAGUGUCUUAAUAAUAUUUUUCCCUGUAUUUUAUAAUGUUUGGUUAGACUUUUUUAAAAAAAAUGAACCUCUCCAUCUCACACUGAAGUCCACAGAGAAAUUAAAGAAUUCUGCAUCAGUGUUCACAGAUGUUCUUCAUUGGCUGCUUUUUUUAUAGAAAUAGGUUCAAAUGCAUAAUUCUUUAAUUUCGGUGUUUGAAAAAAACACAAUUAAAGUCAAAUUAGUCACAAAAACUAAGCCAUGACCAAGCGUUUAACAUGGAACCUCAGUGUCCAGGAGGCCCAAAAAUGUUGAUUUUCUCUAUGGAGUUCAGUGCAGAGGAGACAGUUUUCUUUGUUGUUGUUGUCAAAUACACUUUUUGUACAAAUGUAUAAAACCGUGUGUGAACUGUGUUAUUAUUAAACCUUUAUUUAUUUAUUGUGAUCAUGAUUGUUUUUCUGUCACACUGUGUUCGCACUGAUUUGAAAUGUUUUUUCCUAUUAUUAUUAUUAUUAUUAUUAUUAUUAUUGAUCAACUGAAUCAACAGCAUUUCCUGUGAUAUGUGUGUUUCAUUUCUAUAUCGACAUCUACAAAUUUGACUUUAAUGAAUUUAUUAAACGUGAUUGUCUGGCAGAAGAGAUGACUGUUGCACUGUGAAGGGGACAAUUAAAGUCCGAGACAUCGAGGCUGUCUCCCGGUGUAACCAGAGAAGUGUGCAUCACCCACACCAAAAACCAUAGAGAAAUGACUUGAUUUCCCCCCAGUGUCCACUACUGCCUGCAUUAGUGGAAAGGGGAGGUCAUGACCCGGGUGUUUGCACUGGCGGUGCGGAGCAGAGGGGCAGUGGAUUCAGAGUUCCUGUGAGCUACAAAAUGUUGAUUUUCUCGCUGGAGUUUGGUGCAAAAGAAGAUCCUUGCAGUGAGAUCAGGUGACAAAUGACCUCAUGUUGACUGUCUGAGUGACAUGUGAUCAGGCCACCUGAUUGGUCAUCAUUUUACUCUGUUGCGACAGGAUCUUGUUUUUUUAUGUUCGCUGGAAAAAAAAAAAAAAAAACAUUGUUGCUUUAUUUUUUUUUUCUUUUCGGUCCAUAUUCUGCUCCAGAUGGAGUGACCCACUUACUGAGAAAGAGGCUCUGUGCCAUUUCUGGUGACUAAUACCCCCUCCACCCACACCUCAACACACACACACACACAUAUACACACACACUGAACCCUCUUUCCCAGUGUUUCUGCUCUCGAAUGAUGGUGUUUGUUAAAAAUAAAGACGUUUGUGGAUAAAUGAGCGUUGACAGUGAA